AUGAGUCUUCAACAAUCCUUGGUGCAUCACUUCUGCAGCUGGAAGCCGCCUCCUCCAGCAGUGGAGGGGAGGACGAGCCGCGACAUCACUCUCUCCUUCUCCGCCGGCCUCUACAGCUGUCUGCGAAACCAACUGCUGUACAGAGUGGAGAAGAAAGAGAAGAUUCCACCUUGGGUGCUGGUUUACUGUGGCGGCAAAACCACAAAGGCAAUCGACAAGCUAGCGCCCUGCCAUCCGCACAGGUUCCGCAUGCGAGUCCUCAUCAAGGCGACUGCUGUAGCCACCUUAGCGGAAACACUUAUACAGCAUUAUGGAGACGAGAAAACGGUUUACGAACUCAUAGGAGAGGCAGGUCGAGGGGAUGAAAACGACGAGAAAAAGGGUUCAAAAAAUGAAUCGCAAAAGGACAAAGCUGACGGCCCUACAGCUGGAGUAACGAAGCAUGGGAGUUGGUUGGAGUCCGCGUGGUCGGACGAGACGCGGACCAACACCGACACGGACGGCACGUCGGCGGUCUGCUUGUGCAUGGCGGUGCGCUGCGGGUACCUCAAGCAGGUACAACAAAUGCUAGAGGAGCGUCCUCUGCUGAUAUCGGUCAUCAACUACAACAACGGUUAUACGCCUCUAGCAACCGCCGUGCGAAAAGGUGAGCUGGGCAUGGUGAAGUACCUGGUGUGCGCCGGCGCGGAGGUGGAGCAGCGCUCGUCCACGGGGCAGACGCCGCUGCACCUCGCUGUGCUGUCCGCUAACGUCGCUGUUGCUGAGUUCCUGCUGGAGAAGGGCGCUGACUUCCAGGCCAGGGACCUCAAUCAGCUCCGCGUGGAACAUUAUGCGGUGGACUCUUGCGAGCUGGACAUGGUGAGGUUUGUGAUGGACCGCGGUGGUGACGUCACUGUGCGGGACAGCAACGGGUGGACACCUCUGUUUAGAGCUGUGUGUCAAGGAGCAAGAACAGAAGUGAUCAAGGAGUUGGUGCACCGAGGCAGUGACGUGGAGGCCGCGGACAAAGCUCAGCUCACCAUCGCAGCCGCUGCGAGGCUGCUGCAGGAUAGGCACGGUCGUCGUCGGGAGUCGGUGCUGCGGCUGGUGGACGCGCAGUACCAGCACGGGAAGGUGGUCGCCAGCUUCACGCGCCUCACCAAGAAGAUAUCCACUUUCCACAACUUGAUGAAGCAAUAACGACUACUGAACUC